AUGGCGAAGUGCAUGACGGACGUGGAUCGGAGCGUGAGCAGCGAGAAUUUCCUAAUCGAUGCAUCGAUGUGUUCCGGCCUUCUGGUUACUGUUCCAGAACUGGUCAAGGAUCUUGCACUGGCACGCUACGGCUCUUUCGCUGAAAAGUUCUACAGGAAGGAUUCGUCAGCCGAUGAUGCUUCUUCACGUUUGUCAGCUUUGAAUCCUCUCGACGGUACUGUUGACAAACCAUCAGUGCAUUGUGCUGUACCAUCAUGGAAACCAUACCGCGCAAAGUCACCCCCGGUGCUUUCGGUCACGCUGCAUGAUGCGAGUCGGAGGAAGUACAACAGCAGUGGAGGAACGGUUGAGAAUGAAAGCAUUGAUUUGCCGGAGUACCAGGGAGAACCGGAUGAAAUUGCUCGGAACAAAUGCAUGGCUGCAGCAGAACGACUUCAGAAACCGGUGCUAGUGGAAGAUACAUGCUUAUGUUUUAACGCUUUUGGAGGCCUUCCCGGACCAUACAUCAAAUGGUUCUGUUUUUGUUUUUUGCAGCUUUUGGAUUUAACCAGUAUGCGUUACUAA